GCUUCAUUAUGAGUAAUGACAACUUCCAAACACCAGUGACAUGCUGCAUUCAUGCAGGGAAGAGAAUAGCACACAUGGAUGUAGGGGAAACCCACAGCAAUGCACCCUCCGGAAUGACUGGCAGCAAGUCUGUUUUUCCCAGGCUGAACAUCUCGGCAGUGCCCCAUCUGACGCACUCGGAUGACAUGGAUGCCCACUCCAGCGGGAAUGACUCGGCCGAGAGGGAGAGCGAAGGACACGUGGGACGGGAAGCAUCCACCUGCAGCCCCCACAAUGGAAAGGGUUCAACCACAGAGACUACGGAAAGCAAGAGCUCAAACGGAAACAGUCCCUCUCCUCCUAGCAGCUCGGUUUCGUUCAGUCUUUUGAGUGGCAGCUCGGAGCAGGACCAGCCAACAUCCCAAGCAUCCAGCGGAGACCAGCCGGCUCGACUGGAGACCCAGAGAGAGCUGCUGAAGGCCCUGCGUGAGCUAAAGGUCCGCGUGCCGUCAGAAUGGCGCAGGAAGGGGCGAUCAAGCACCCUAGCCUCCUUGCAAUAUGCACUUAACUGUGUCAAACAAGUCCGAGCUAAUCAGGAGUACUACCAUCAGUGGAGCGUGGAAGAGAGUCAUGGGUGUUGUUUGGACCUGUCGUCCUUUACCAUCGAAGAGCUAGACAACAUUACAUCAGAGUACACCCUUCAAAACACGGACACGUUCGCUGUGGCAGUGUCGUUCCUCUCUGGUAAAGUGGUGUACAUCUCAUCCCAGGCGGCCCCUCUGCUGCACUGUAAACCCGAGAGGCUGCAGGGAGCAGUUUUUUCGGAGCUGCUCGCACCUCAGGACAUCAGCACAUUUUACAGCAGCACUGCUCCAUGUCACCUGCCGCCGUGGUCCUCCUGCGCAGGCACUACCUCACAUGUGGAAUGUGCCGAGGAAAAGUCGAUGUUUUGUCGGAUCAGCAGAGGUAGGGACAGCGAUGGAGAAGUGAAGUAUCAUCCCUUCCGUCUCACACCUUAUCAGCUGACCCUGAGGGACUCCGACACAUCCCAACCUGAGCCCUGCUGCCUCCUCAUCGCUGAGAGAGUUCACUCCGGCUACGAGGCACCUCGCAUCCCAGCAGACAAGAGAAUUUUUACCACCAGUCACUCCCCAAACUGUCUGUUCCAAGAAAUUGAUGAAAGGGCAGUGCCAUUAUUAGGUCACUUGCCUCAGGACUUGGUUGGGAAGCCAGUGCUUAUUUACCUGCAUCCAGAAGACAGACUCCUUAUGGUGGCCAUCCACAAAAAAAUUCUCCAGUUUGCAGGGCAGCCGUUCGACCACUCGCCCCUGCGCAUGCGUGCACGAAGUGGGGAGUACUUGACCCUCGACACCAGCUGGUCAUCCUUUAUCAACCCCUGGAGCAGGAAGGUGGCUUUCAUAGUGGGACGCCACAAAGUUAGAACGAGUCCACUGAAUGAGGAUGUGUUCACUGCCCUGGAGGGCGGGGAUGUGAGAACCAUGUCCCCAGAUGUGCCACAGCUGAAUGAGCUGAUCCACAGGGUCCUGGUGCAGCCCGUUCAUGCCAGCAGCUCACAGGGGUACGGUAGCCUAGGCAGCAGUGGCUCGAAUGAGCACCAGCAAAGCGCCACUUCCUCGUCUGAGAGCAACGGACAUGCUUCUGAGGACCAGAUCAAGCCCAGGAAACCAAUGACAUUUGAGCAGAUUUGUCAAGACAUGCAAAUGGUAAAGGCCAAUGGACAGCAGGUCUUCAUUGAUUCUCGAAAACGGCUGCCAGCUCUCAAACAGAGUAGCUUAGAAGCACUGGCAAAUACAGCAGACACCGCAGAGGCCUCUGCUAGAGAAGGUCUGGCAAGUUUAGCGCUGUCCAGUCCACCCAGGAAAGAGCUGCCCAUUGUCUACUCAUACCAGCAGAUCAACUGUCUGGACAGCAUCAUUCGAUAUCUGGAGAGCUUUAAUGUCCCUGGUACAGUGAAGAGGAAGUGUGGCUCAUCAUCCUGUACAACAUCUUCUACCUCUGAUGAUGAUAAACAAAGGGAAGGAGUUAGAACAACUGAAGAUAUAGCAGAGACUCUUGUGGUGACCGAGGGUUCAAAGGUUGUCCCUGCAGCACCAGCGCACCCUCUAACCCCUUUGGCUCUGCACUGUAAGGCUGAAAGUGUUGCCUCGGCCACCUCCCAGUGUAGUUUUAGCAGCACCAUUGUUCACGUUGGUGACAAGAAGCCACCUGAAUCAGACAUUGUUAUGAUGGAGGAGCCGCCAACCACCCCAACCCCUUCCAUCUCCAUCACUUCUCCCAUGCCUGUGAAUCCCCAGCAGGCCAUGUCCCCCUCUGCUGCUGUUCUUGAGAAAGAAAAGGAGAAGGAGAGAAGAAAUGGAGGUAAUGUCGGAAAGGGCCUCACGAAGGCAGUGUUAUCUGCACAUACCCAGCAAGAAGAACAAGCCUUCCUCAACCGUUUCAGAGACAUUAGCAAUCUCCAGAUGGUUCAAACCAGUGGGCCUCCACAGCGCAGGCACACGUCUAUACCUGGUGCAAAAGGAGUGAACUGCUCCCAGAACUAUCCUCCUGUGGGAAACAGCAGCACUCGUCGGCAUGGUAGAGGUGGGAAAAGACGGAAACACCAAGUAAAUACCAACACAACGGACAGUUCCUCCCCCUCUGGACUUAAUCCCUAUAGAGGAUCCAAUCCUAUAGCAGUAAGACCCAACCUCCCCUCAUUCCAGCAGUCUUCCACUUCUUGGCCACCAUCUGCGGCAUCCCAGACCAGUGGUACUCCCGUGAUGACCUCCUUUCCCCCAGGCUACAUGCCUAUGUUCCCCAUUUCAUCACCCUUCUCAAUGCCCCAGAUGGGAACAGAUCCUUCCUUGCAAGCAGGAGUCCCUAGAUUCCCCAUGCAAGGCUUUUCUUCAGUGAUGCCACCAGUCAUGACCUACAUGUUGCCAAACUAUAUGUUUCCACAACUCGGUUAUCCAGGACCACAGUUGAACCCAGCCAACUCGCAGCUCGGUGGGCAACUGCUUGCCCAAAUGAACCCCUUAGGUCAGUUCCCUUCCUCUGCUGUUGGUUUACCAUCGUUCAAUCCGACAAUGGGACCGUUCAAUCCACUGGACUCCCAAAUGAAUCCUGCCAUGCCUGCAAUGAUUCCCCAGCAGUUCUACAACCCUAAUCCCCUGUACGCUGUCCCCAACUCUCAAUCAAUGCCUGCAGGAAACAUCAAUACUGUCCCACAUGGACAGUCUCGCUCCAGCACACCCCAGUCUACCGGGCAACAGGAUGGAGAGGGAGAAGGGGCGGGAUCUCCCCUUUUUCAAUCCCGAUGCUCCUCCCCACUCAAUCUUUUACAACUUGAGGAAACGCAAAGCAACAGAACAGACACUAUACAACAGACUCCACCCCCAGGCGCUGCAGGAACGCUAGGGGGCGGGACUGUGGUUCAAAUUUCCAGCAAUCGCAGCAACAGUAAAGAUGGCCAACUCAAUGACAGUCCUGAAAUCAAUGAGUCCAACCAGGAUGCCAUGUCAACCUCCAGUGACAUGCUGGACUUACUGCUGCAAGAGGACUCCCGCUCGGGCACUGGCUCUGCCGCCUCAGGCUCUGGAUCAUCAGGAUCAGGGUCAGGGUCAUUUGGAUCUGGUUCGAAUGGGUGUAGCACAUCUGGAAGUGGCACUAGGAGCAGCAAUACUAGCAAGUACUUUGGAAGCAUUGACUCAUCAGAGAAUGAUCACAAUCAAAAACCAGCAUCUAAAGAUCUGGGAGGGGAACAGUUCAUGAAGUUUGUCCUGCAGGACCCCAUCUGGCUCCUCAUGGCAAACACGGAUGACAAAGUCAUGAUGACAUACCAGAUUCCUAUCAAAGACCGAGAAUCAGUACUGAAAGAAGACAGGGAUGCCCUCAAAGCUGUUCAGAAGCAUCAACCUCACUUCACUGAAGAGCAGAAGAAAGAGUUAACGCAGGUCCACUCUUGGUUUCAAACCGGCUGCUUACCAAAGGCCAUCAAUGUUACAUCUUGCACAGGAUGUGAGUCUCCCCCAGAUUCCUCGAUUCCUAUUCCAUUCGAUUUGGACUUUCAUGACAUGGAUCUCAGCAUGGUUUUGAGAGAAGAGGCAAAACAGCAACAUCAGUUUAUCGCUGCUGAAACAGCCUUUCCCUUGAGCCCACCGUCAUCUGAUAAUGAGCAGAGAGACAAUCAAGCCAGCGCAAGCACAUUAGAAGUGGGCCACGGAGGAGGUGGAAGUGACAUCAUGAUUGAAAGUGAAGCAGGACUGUUCCUGCCUCAUAAAACCUUGGGACCAAGUUGAAAGUGUGGAACGUUUCUAAUCAGUAUCAAUGGCUCAUUUUGACAUAAUUCUUUGAAAUUAUGAAUAAUUUGUAGCUUUCUAAACCAGGCAUCUGAAUAAUAAAAGAAGGGAAUAAAAAAAAAAUGUCCUUCAUCUUCGUAGCUUAAAGGAGCACCUUUUGCACAUGGUGGAUGUUGUUGUUGUUGUUGUUGCACUAUGUUCUGCAUCCAAGUUAUUCAUGAAUCUGCAUGCCAUUAUCUAUCUCAUGGACUGUUUCAUAAUUAUUCAUGACACCGUGUGACCUUUCCCUGUUACAGAUUUAUAGAAUUAUUAACAGCUGGACAGGGCAUUUAUUGUUUAACUUCACAAAGGUUAGAAGUUAGAUGUGGUCUGACACUUUUUUUUUUUUUUUAAAGACAACCUUUCCAGUAUGGGUUUCCAGUCUGUGUCCGUUUUUGAAACCGUUCCACCCAACCCCCAGAAAUUGUGGAUGGGAAAAAUAGGUUCCAGUCUGACCCUAAAAGUUUGAUGGUCUGUAACCAGGAACCCUGUUAUGGGGAGUUGUUGACGUCUUUGACGAUCUCAUUGAGUAAUGUAAUAAUGUUGGUUUGCUGUCAGUUGAUUUUUGUUUCUCCUUGCCAAGAUUUGCCACAAAAUAUUUUGGUUGAAAAGAAGUAUGAUAGGCCAGUAACAUUUUCUGGACAAAUUGCCGAAACACUGCAAGUCAUUGUCCGAUUGUACAUGUUUGUGUAUUUUUGUGUUACUGUAAAUGCUACUAACCUCAGUACUCAAGGGGGCGAGUUAACUUCAAAUGUUCAUUUUAUAUGUUGUGUUUUUGAAUCGCUGCCUUAAGACAUGCAAUAUGCAAUUAAGAUUUCCUGCUCAAAGCAUUUAUGUUGACAUUGCACUAAUGUUGAGUAUAUUUCAUUUUCAAUCCAUGGUGCCAGCAUCACAAACCCCAUUCUUUUUCUAUUAGUGUUAAAACAUUUAUAUAUUUGUUUAUAUCCAUAUAACUGGAUAUGGCUUUAAAAAAAAAAAGAAUGUAUUUUGAUGUGUGCAGUAUUGAAUCACUGCACAUAUUUUAAGGAGCUUACUGUUAAAUCCAUAAAAUGGAAAUAAUUGGAUGUCAGAGAAUUUUACUUCUUGUUCAUUUGCCCUUAUUUUCAAGAGCGACACAAUUAUAUCUUAAAGCCAUCCAGAUUAGCUUGACAUUCCUUUUGUUUCAUUGUAUUGUCCAUUGAAGCUCAAGGAUACUAUUUUAGGAUCUAAAGUAUUUUUUAGUAUCACAACAAAUGCAGGACUGCAUUAUUUACAAACCCAGUUUAGGGUUUAAAAAACAAGAUGAGUACUUCCCUUUUCCCUUCUGCCCUCAGAUUUAUUUGCGAGGGUUUUUCUAAAGCUUUUCUGUGAAAGCAGACAGGCCCAAUCAGUUUACAUGCAGUACUGUUCUGUUUAAAACUUCUGUUGAAUGUUAAGGAAUUUUGAAUUGAUUUUGUACAUUUGCAAGUCUUUUUUACAUAAACAUGCUUUUAAAAUU